CGACUUUUUACCGCUCUGUCAUUUAAUAUUUUCUAUUUUUCAUCAGUAUUUUGCAAAUAAACAAUUGAGAAAAGAAUAGCAACGUACGAAAAUUAGAUUUUUUAUAUUUAUUUUCCAACUUUAAUCAUUCUUAGUAUAUUGCAUUAUUUUAUUUAGUUUGCUUGUGCUAUUUGCGAAACAAGUGAGAUAAUUGUUAUUUAUAAAGUGAUUAAAACUAAUUUGCCACAUCCAAACAAUUUUCAAUAUGGGAAAAUUACAAUUUUGCCGUAUUUGUCGAACAGAAAAGAACCUAAAAUAUAAAACCAAAGAGUUAAGACAAUUAAAUAAAAAACAGUUACUUUUGGCCAAUGCCACUCAACAGGGCCAAGGAAAUAAUAGGGCUUCGAAAAAGCUUUUACUUACUACACCCACUUUGGGUAACAUCUGUCAUGUUUGUGAUGAACGCAUACAAAUAUUCCACCGCUUAGAUGAUGGUGGCCAUGAUAGUUGUAGCGAUGUUGAAAUCGAAGUUGUUGAAAACACAAAUAAAGCACUGCCAAUGCAAUUUGUAGAUGCUAUACCAAAUGGAGGUUUCGUUCAAAGCGCGCAACGUCCAGAAACACCAGUUAUUGUGGAUGACGAUGACAUGCUCUUCAACAUAUUUAUGCAAAAGUUCGACCAGAAAACACAAAUUCAACGACAUCAAAUGGCUGAGCAGCAACAGGCUGAUGGCCCGUUUGUUAACCAAUUUCAUGCACCCUAUACACCACCACAGUCUACUGCCGGUGGAAGUGAAGGGGAUGAAUCAAAAGUAAUAGAAGUUUUAACAUCACGUGAAAACACACCCGCCCCAACAACCCAAGCUCUGCCACCACCCCCACAUACCAAUUGUAACCUGAUUGAUUCACAGGGUCAUCGUAUUGUUGCCAUCAUAGAAUUAGAUGAUGUUGAUGAAAACGAUUCAAAAAAUAAUGAUGAAAUCCAUAGUGGUUUAUUGACUCCUGCUGCAAGUUCUUCAAAUGAAUUGUCAUUUACAGAGAGCAUUGGGCACAGGUCUGGUACAUUAUCACCGAAUAAAUAUGCUAAUUUUAAAAGUCCAAGUAAUAAUGAACGCCGUCAAUCUGCAGCAGCCGAAGAAGAUGACGAUGAAAUCGUGUUUCGUAAAGUUGAUAUAGAACAAGACAAAUCUCCAGAUAUUAAAAAAAGAAAACGUAAAAGUUACGACGAAAAAGAAUUGCGUUUGGUAGCUAGUUUAAGUUUAGUUUCUAGUGACUCAGAGGCAGAAGAUAGUCCCAUUAAAGUACAGAUUAAAAAUUCUUCCAAUCCCCCUACAGUUGCUGAAACUUCCUCAUUCGUUUCACAAGAUCCUCUUAUUUGUAAAGUAUGUAAAAUAAAAUUUCCGGACUCUGAAAGCCUCUCCAUUCACGAACGCAUUCACCAAGGUGUGAAGUGUACAUUGUGUCAAGUUGGCUUUCAACAAGUCAAACGUCUAAUCCAUCAUAUGCGUCGCAAACACCGAGAAUAUAAUGGUGACACUUUGUCAGAAAAACCCCGCUCUGGUCAAGAUAGUUGUAUGACUAUUAGAUUACGCUAUAUGCAACGUACAACAUUUUAUGAAUGUCAGCUAUGUGGUCGCAUUGAUGAAGUAUUUAGGGAACACAAAGAGCAUAUAAUAGAAAAACAUGCUAAUGAAUCUAAAACUCUUAAAGACCCCAUUAUGAAACAACUGAAAUGUCCACUAUGUAAGGCCAAGUGUGGUGCACAGUAUUUAUCGUUAUGUCGCCAUCUCAUAAGUUCCCAUGAAUAUCAGCAGUACAAAAGUCAUUUGAGAGAGUUGGUACAUGUAAGUGCAUUCGGAUGGAAUGCAGCACGGCAACAAGAGGUGGCUAAAACAGCAAAAAUCUUUCAAUUUACUAGGAGGAAAACUUUCUUUUUUGAAUGUAAAAUAUGCCGCAAAGUAGUUGCUGGCUAUUUACAUCACCUAAGGCAUGUUAACAAACAUCAGGCACCUUCAAACGAACAGACCAAAGUUAGAGGAGUUACCCCCAAUGAAAUUCCUUCUCCACUAUCAACGACUUUAGCAACCAAAAACAGUUUCGAUCUUGGUAAAACUCAGAACAAAGAUAAACUUUCUGUGUCGAAACAUCAACAGAAAAAAGUAGAUAAUAAAUCUAAAAAACUAUCAAGUAAAUCUAAACAGAAUAAAAAAUCUAUGCAAAUUGAGAAAGUAAAUGAAAAAACUAAGAAAAUACAAAAAUCUAACGAAUGUACUGUACAAAAGCCCAAACUGAAAAUUAGUCAAAAGAAACCUCUUAAGAUGGACAAAUCUAAAAAGACAGCUUUGACUACAAACAUUAAAGAAACUGGGACAGUGAAUGAGUCCAAAAAGAAAAUACAAUUAAAAAUUAAAUUGAAACCAAAGGAUAAGGAAACGAAAGAAAUACCAAGUGGAGAAAAAUUUAACAAAAGAAGACUCAAGAAUGAAUCUAGCAAAAUUAAGACAAAAGACAAUGAUAAACUCAGAGGAAAAUCAAAAGUAAAAGCGAAAGCGAAAGAUGCAGAUCAGAAGCCUCAGGUAAAAAAGGUAAAGGUAAAACCACCCAUACGACAGAUAGAUUUACAAAAAUUCAAAUGCAGCUACUGUUUAAAAAAAUUCAAAGGUUUUCGUUUGUAUAAUUUGCAUCUUCUACAACAACACAAAGAAAACGAGUAUACCGAAUGUAAUACAUGUAAUAAAUUAUACACAAAUUCCUCACUUACAACUGAACAUAUCAAACAAUGUCCACAAACAUUUCCCGCAUACAAACGAAAACGUAAAUUCUCUGAUAAAUCUUCAUUAUCAGGCAAUUUUAUCGAUAAUAGCUCUCAACUAUAUGCGAACACAGUGCCUAAGAAAUGUGAUGAAAAUUUUAGCAAUUUGAAAGAUAACUAUCUAUGGCUGAAAGACCUAAUAAAUAUAAAAAAAUCAUCAAGAAUUAGUGAUAGCAAAUUAACUUAUAAUGAAUCUACCGAUACUGCCUUAUACAUAACUAAACAAUCAAAUAUACAAUGUUGUUAUUGUUUGCAUCUACUUCCCAAUGGCAAAGCCUUGGAAGAACACAUAAAACAACAACAUUCACAAAAAUCAGAUAUUCUUAUUAAAUAUAAACCUUUUAAAAGUGUAAGUAAAUAAUUGAUGCAUAUGUAUGUACAUACAUAUGAAAAUAAUUAAAUGCAAAUCAAGCAAAAUAUAACAUUCUUUCAAAAAUUCUAUUCAACUUAAAAAUGUAGAAUAAAACUAAAAUUUCACUAAAAUACAAAGAAUACUAAAACAUCGUUUAUCUGACAGUGUUCGAAAAUAAAUUUAAAAUAUGUAAAUCUGCUGAUAACGUAAAGUUACAGCAGAUUUAAAAAAUAAUAAAGAUUUUUCACUUGACUUUCUACAGUACAUUAAAUGCAUUUAAAUCUUUCUACAUACAUAAAUGUAUGUAGUAUGUACAAUACAUUUAUUAACUUGUUAUAUAAAGAUAAGAAGUUAUUGGAUUUACAUAUUAAAACAAUUGUACUUUCUUUUUUAGGAUCUAUUUGCAAAUAUAUUUACAUAUGUAUGUAUUAUAAUCUUAAUAUAAAAAAGACGUAUAUAACUUUUUUUUAAACAAAAAAGUUCUUUUUAAUUUUUCGUGAAAUAUAAAAUUUACUUUUAUUUUUUGUAAUUCGACAAAUAAUAACUGUUUAAUAAAUAUAAUUCGUUUUUCUAAAUCUUAACCAUAUUUCGCCUUAUGAAAAAAAAUUAUAUAUGUCUAUUAUAUUAAGGUGACGAAAUAAUGUUUGAUAGACUCACACAAAUUAUUAAUAAUUAAAAGGAAAUAAUAGCAUUAAAUUAUAUCAUCUGUUGGGAAAUUUUUUUAAUUCCUAAAUAUUCUAAACGUAAAACCAGCUUAGAUAAUUGUUAUGGAAGCAUUAUGUAAAGGAUAAGAAAAUUGUUAUAGGUAGCAAAAUAAAAUUAUUAUAUUUACACACUUAUAAUAAAUUGUUAAUGAUAUUAAUAUAAAAUGUUUGUAGUAUGUAUGAAAGAAGAAAUAUUACUUCUCAUUAAUUUAAUUUCAAAUAUAUUCUUUUUUCAAUCAUUUGAAAAAGUUUUGUUUCUAAAUAGCAUAUUAACUAAUUUUAAGCAAUUAGAUAGUUUUAUUUUUGAUCAAAGCCAUUACCAUAAUUCGAAAUACUUUAAUGUGUUCUUAAGCUUGAAAUUAAAUUUACCGACAAAAUCUUAAUUAAAACUUGAUAUUUGUAACACACUAUGGUUCAUUAUAUUUUAUUUUUUUUAAUAAACGUUCCCAUUACACUUAUAAUUAAAAAAAUAUAUAUUUAAGAAACAAUGAUUUUUUAAAUAUUUUUUUGUUUGCUUUUAUUAUAAUUACAUACAAAAAUGCUUUAUUCUUUAAACUUUCUGAUAUAAAUAACAAAAAUUGUAAAUGGAAACAGAACAAUUUUAAAAGUUAUCAAUGGAAUGAUUCAAAGUUAUUUUUUAUGUUGUUUUACACAUACAUAAUGCAUAUCUAUCUAAAUUUAAUUUUACUGUGAAGUGAAUUUUGAUCAGUAUGUCUUUCUUAUUUUAAGUUGCACAGAAGUGUAAAAGAUUGUAAUGUUUUUUAUUAAUGUUUUAUGGACUGAAAUUAUUUUUAUUUAAUAAAUUUCGAACAAAUUGAA